GAGCUAGCUACUAAGCCAGUGAGCGCGCGGAGUCGAGCGAGGAGCGCCUUCUGCGCUGAGUGGCAGUGGUCUGGUGCUGCCGGAGCACUGUGCCGAGUGAGGCCGGAAUCUGCACCCCACUUUCCGCGAGCUCCCGUCCCACUUGCUUACGCUCAGGAGCUCAACGCGUAGGAUCAAAUGCUAGACUACGGGAUGCUGCUCUCCAGGUCCCCGAGGCGUGGCAGGGUCUCGGUCAUCAACCUGAGGGAGCAAGCUGUUGGAAUGAGAGCUUCUGGGAGACACGAUGUCUCCCUCAAGAUUGUGCUGGCCAUGGGCUGCCUCCUCCUGGCCGGCUUCUCGGGGGCCUCAUCUGCAGUGGCAACUGAGUGUCCUGACCAGAGUCCUGAGCUGCAGCCUUGGAACCCUGGCCAUAACAGAGACUAUCAAGUGCACAUUGGCCAUGGCAGGAAGCUACUGCUCACCUCUUCUGCCACAGUCCACUCCAUCACUAUCUCAGGGGGAGGAAAGCUUGUCAUUAAAGACCACCAUGAGCACAUUGUGCUGCGCACCCGGUACAUCCUGAUUGAUGACGGUGGAGAGCUGCAUGCUGGGAGUGCCCUCUGCCCUUUUGAGGGCAAUUUCAGUAUUGUGCUGUAUGGAAGGGCUGAUGAAAACAUCCUGCCAGACCCUUAUUACGGCCUGAAGUACAUCGGAGUGGACAAAGGAGGCACUCUUGAGUUACAUGGGCAGAAAAAGCUUUCCUGGACUUUUCUAAACAAGACCCUUCAUCCUGGUGGCAUGCAGGAGGGAGGAUAUUUUUUUGAAAGGAGCUGGGGCCACCGUGGAGUCAUUGUCCAUGUCAUUGAUGCCAAAUUGGGCACAGUUGUCCAUUCUGACCGGUUUGACACUUACAGAUCCAAAAAAGAGAGUGAACGUCUGGUCCAGUAUUUGAAUGCAGUGCCCGAUGGCAGGAUUCUUUCUGUCGCAGUGAAUGAUGAAGGUUCUAGAAACCUGGAUGACACAGCCCGGAAGGCAAUGACCAAACUGGGCAGCAAGCACUUCCUCCACCUUGGAUUUAGACAUCCUUGGAGUUUCAUCACUGUGAAAGGAAAUCCCUCCUCUUCAGUUGAAGACCACAUUGAAUACCAUGGUCACAAAGGCUCGGCUGCUGCCCGGGUUUUCAAACUGUUCCAGACAGAGCAUGGUGAACAUUUUAAUGUUUCUUCAUCCAGUGAAUGGGUUCAAGAUGUGGAAUGGACAGAGUGGUUCGACCAUGAUAAGGUGCCUCAGAGCAAAGGUGGGGAGAAAAUUUCAGAUCUGCGAGCAGCUUACCCAGGAAAAAUCUGCAAUCGACCCAUUGAUAUACAGGCCACAACAAUGGAUGGAGUCGCCCUCAGCACUGAGGUUGUCUACAAAAAUGGCCAAGAUUACAGGUUUGCUUGCUACACCCGGGGCAGAGCCUGCCGCAGCUAUCGAGUGCGAUUCUUAUGUGGAAAACCCGUGAGGCCCAAGCUCACGGUCAGCAUCGACACCAACGUAAACAGCACCAUCCUGAGUCUGGUGGACAAUGUGCGGUCAUGGAGGCCUGGAGACACCCUGGUUGUCGCCAGCACCGACUACUCGAUGUACCAGGCAGAAGAGUUCCGGGUGCUCCCCUGCAAAGCUUGCACCUCUACACAGGUCAAGGUGGCAGGGAAGCCACAGUACCUACAUAUUGGGGAGGAGAUUGAUGGUGUAGACAUGCGGGCUGAGGUCGGACUCCUGACUCGGAACAUUGUGGUCAUGGGGGAGAUGGAGGACAGAUGCUACCCCUACACCAAUCACAUCUGUGACUUCUUUGACUUCGAUACCUUUGGGGGCCACAUCAAGUUUGCACUGGGGUUUAAAGCAGCCCACUUGGAGGGCGUGGAGCUGAAGUACAUGGGGCAGCAGCUGGUGGGCCAGUACCCAAUUCACUUCCACCUGGCUGGAGAUUUGGAUGAACAGGGAGGCUAUGACCCCCCUACCUACAUCAGGGACCUCUCCAUUCAUCACACAUUCUCCCGCUGCGUCACUGUCCAUGGCUCCAACGGUCUGUUGAUCAAGGAUGUUGUGGGCUAUAAUUCUUUGGGCCACUGCUUCUUCACUGAAGAUGGGCCAGAGGAACGCAACACGUUUGACCACUGCCUUGGCCUCCUUGUUAAGUCAGGGACCCUUCUCCCAUCGGAUCGGGAUAGCAGGAUGUGCAAAGUGAUCACAGAGGACUCAUACCCAGGGUACAUCCCCAAGCCCAGGCAGGACUGCAAUGCUGUGUCCACGUUCUGGAUGGCGAAUCCCAACAACAAUCUCAUCAACUGUGCAGCUGCAGGGUCCGAGGAAACUGGAUUUUGGUUCAUUUUUCACCAUGUGCCGACGGGCCCCUCUGUGGGAAUGUACUCCCCAGGUUAUUCCGAGCACAUUCCACUGGGGAAAUUCUACAACAACCGAGCACAUUCUAACUACCGGGCCGGCAUGAUCAUAGACAAUGGAGUCAAGACAACUGAGGCCUCAGCCAAGGACAAGCGGCCCUUCCUCUCCAUCAUCUCUGCCAGGUACAGCCCUCACCAGGAUGCAGACCCACUGAAACCUCGGGAACCAGCCAUUAUCCGACACUUUACUGCCUACAAGAACCAGGAUCAUGGAGCCUGGCUGCGGGGUGGGGAUGUGUGGCUGGACAACUGUCGGUUUGCUGAUAAUGGCAUCGGUCUGACCCUGGCCAGUGGUGGAACCUUCCCAUAUGAUGAUGGCUCCAAGCAGGAGAUAAAGAACAGCUUGUUUGUUGGCGAGAGUGGCAAUGUGGGCACAGAAAUGAUGGACAACAGGAUCUGGGGACCAGGUGGCUUGGACCAUAGUGGAAGGACCCUCCCUAUUGGCCAGAAUUUUCCAAUUAGAGGAAUUCAGUUCUACGACGGCCCCAUCAACAUCCAGAACUGCACCUUCCGAAAGUUCGCAGCCCUCGAGGGCAGGCACACCAGUGCCUUGGCCUUCCGCCUAAACAAUGCCUGGCAAAGCUGCCCUCACAACAAUGUGACCAACAUAGCCUUUGAGGAUGUCCCGAUUACUUCCAGAGUGUUCUUCGGAGAGCCUGGGCCCUGGUUCAACCAGCUGGACAUGGAUGGGGACAAGACAUCUGUGUUCCAUGAUCUGGACGGCUCUGUGUCGGAGUACCCUGGCUCCUAUCUCACUAAGGACGACAAUUGGCUGGUCAGACACCCAGACUGCAUCAACGUUCCAGACUGGAGAGGGGCCAUCUGCAGUGGGCGCUAUGCACAGAUGUACAUCCAGGCCUACAAGAGCAGCAAUCUACGCAUGAAGAUCAUCAAGAAUGAUUUCCCCAGCCACCCGCUCUACCUGGAGGGAGCCCUCACCAGGAGCACCCACUACCAGCAGUAUCAGCCUGUCAUCACCCUGCAGAAGGGCUAUACCAUCCACUGGGACCAGACAGCCCCCGCUGAGCUUGCCAUCUGGCUCAUCAACUUCAACAAGGGUGACUGGAUCCGAGUGGGGCUCUGCUAUCCAAGAGGCACCACCUUUUCCAUCCUUUCAGAUGUUCACAAUCGCCUGCUAAAGCAAACGUCCAAGACUGGGACCUUUGUGAGGACACUGCAGAUGGACAAAGUUGAGCAGAGCUAUCCCGGCAGGAGCCACUACUACUGGGAUGAGGAUUCUGGGUUGCUCUUCUUGAAAUUAAAAGCUCAGAACGAAAGGGAGAAAUUUGCUUUCUGCUCCAUGAAGGGCUGUGAGAGAAUCAAGAUUAAAGCUCUGCUCCCAAGGAACGCAGGCAUCAGCGACUGCACGGCCAUGGCUUACCCCAGGUUCACUGAGAGGGCUAUAGUGGAUGUGCCAAUGCCCAGGAAGCUCUUUGGGGCUCAGCUGAAGACAAAAGACCACUUCCUGGAAGUGAAGAUGGAAAGUUUCAGGCAGCACUUCUUCCACCUUCGGAAUGACUUCGCUUAUAUUGAAGUGGAUGGGAGGAAGUACCCUUGCUCAGAAGAUGGCAUCCAGAUAGUGGUGAUUGAUGGGAGCCGAGGUCACGUGGUGAGCCACGGCAGCUUCAGAAAUGCCAUUCUGCAGGGCAUACCCUGGCAGCUCUUCAACUACGUGGCAGCUAUCCCUGACAAUUCCAUAGUGCUCAUGGCAUCAAAAGGCAGAUACAUCACCAGAGGCCCAUGGACCAGGGUGCUGGAAAAGCUUGGGGCAGACAAAGGUCUCAAGUUGAAAGAAAAGAUGGCUUUCGUCGGCUUCAAAGGCAGCUUCCGACCCAUCUGGGUGACUCUGGAGACUGAGGACCACAAAGCCAAAAUCUUCCAAGUGGUGCCCAUCCCUGUGGUGAGAAAAAAGAAGCUGUAAGGAGAGUUGCCACUUGGUACCACCCCAGGCUGGACCCCUUACAGCAGCCGGGGUCAGGAUGGCUAGGUCCUCUGGUUCUCAGCUCUGCUGGGCUAAGGGACAGAUUUCAGAGACCUUGGUGCUGCCACCUGCCCCUACUCAAGUCUACCUGCAGCCCCUGGGCAGUGUUGGCCAAUGCUACAACCUCCUCUUGGGUGCUUCUCUCCUAUCUGUGCCUCAUCUGUAGGCAUGGGGACCAUACAAAGAGACCUGGGUUGUGCUGGCAGCAAAGGGCCACUUGAGCAGGAGUCUGAACCCACCUAGGAUAUGGUCUGGAUGAUGGGACCACUCGAAGAUUUCCACAGUCACUUUCAGAUACAUUAAGUGGCAGACGGAGGGAGUACAUCUUUAUUCCUGUAAGUGAGGGUACGGCUUCCUGAGUUUAGGAGCUGGCGUACAGACAGAGCUAUCCAGCAUGGUAGAUUGCACUGGGGAGGAGAUGGAACCCUGUCUACAGGGAAUCCUUUUUCAAGAGCUGGCACAUUGGGACAGGGACUAGGUGGCUCCUGUUCGUCCUUCCUGAGAUUGCAGGACUCUACUGUGUUUUGCUGUGCCUGGAGCCCAUCAGUAGAAGUAAUCAUUGUAGCUGACAUCUCCACUGAGACAUCUCCCUGGAUACAGAGAACGGAGAGCCGAGAGCUCACACCAGGGGUCAGCUGGUGACAGGCAGCCAGGUCUCAGCAUACUUUGAUACCAGGUUGAGAGAGCAGAGGUGGAUUGGAGGAGGGGAACCUCACCACACCCAUGGGGAAGGCCUCUUCUGGGAGGUGAUGGUCCUGGCAGGAGUCAAGGACAGAGAUGACGAAGAGAGAAGAGGUGGCCUCUGGCAUGGCUCAGAGGUGAAGGCUUUCCUGCCACCACCUGCAGCAUCUGAGUCAUGCUAGGUCACCUCUUGCCCUACGUGGCUGAUCCACUUGUGGUAGAGAAGCAGGGUCUGCGGAGAGAAAUGGACUGAGUUGCGAUGCGCAGAACCUCGUUCAGACUGGUUUCCAGCCAUCCCCCUCUUGACUCUGUGAGAGGACGAAAUGAAGUUCACAGACCUGAGGCUCUACAAAGGGUCUCCAGUGCACUUCAGCUAGGCGCUGAACAGAAGACUCCAGGAAAUCUGAAC